AUCAACGGCCAUCUUUAAUUGUAACUCAUUCAUGAAAAAGUUGUUUUCGAUCACAUAAAAACGCGCAAACCGACUCGUUUGCGCACGAAGCGGCGUCGACGGCGCUGUGUGCGUGCAGUUCGCAGCCUCUCGCACAAAGCCGAAGCAGAGCAGAAGCAGAAGCACGGCAGCGCCGCGGAAGACUGUCCGCAGAGAAUAAGUAAACACCAAGAGCGAUGAGAAAGAAGCAGACAGCCAAACAGAGGAAGACUGAGGAGACUACAGAAGUCCAAGAGUUUGUGGUGGACAAAAUAAUUCGCCGGAGAAUCUUUAAUGGCCGAGUGGAGUACUUCCUGAAGUGGAAAGGCUUCACCGAUGCAGAAAACACGUGGGAGCCUGAGGACAACCUGGACUGUCCUGGGCUUAUUGACGAGUUUCUGAGAGACGCACAUCUAUCCAGCGAGGCUGAAGAGGAGCAAAGCGAGCAGCAGUUCAUUCCCAAAGAAGAAAUGGCAGAGCAGGAGACGGAAAUUUCCUGUGUGCGGUCCCAGCAGCAGAGCAACGACAGCGUCCUAAAGCCAGAUGAUGUGGAAUCAGACGCCCCCACUGACCUCAGCAAUUACCUCGAGCCCGAAUGCAUCAUCGGCUCCACGGACAGAAAGGGAGAGCUCAUGUUCUUAGUCAAAUGGAAGAACUCUGAUGAUGUUGCCCUGCUGUCGGCCCGCGAAGCGAGCGCCAGAUGUCCCCAGGUGGUCAUUGAUUUCUACGAGCAGAAGCUGACCUGGCACAGCGGGGACGAGGAGCAGUAAAUAAUAAAAAAUU